AUGCGUCCACUCAUGCCUGGGCCGCAGAUGCCUCUCUUUCUUUUUGUCCUUACACUCCUUCUUUCGUUCUCUACCACCAUUUCUGCUGCCAGCAAUAACACACGCCUCAUCAAUGGCACUUCCACAGACGCCCAAGCGCUCGUUCAACAGGCUCUGAAAGUCCUUGCCGUGGUAAACAAGGGCCGCGUCGAGAACCCUGUUUUCAAUAAGAAUGAGAAUGAAGAUCCCGUAGAGGAGAACAAGCCUGCGGCGCUGCUCGACUAUACAGUUGAUCCCAAAUCGCUUUCCGCUCGCGGAUGGCGCCGGGAUGAGAAAAACUCAACCGUCUCCGGCAGCUACCGUAUCCCCAAGGAGCUUGCUGAAGCAGCCGCUGCUGUGGCUGAGUCUACUCCUCAAGAACCCGAGGGUGACCACGAGGAUGUCGCAGCUAAGAUCCGCAAGAAGUACCACCCUGAGUUUCUCAAUGACACCAACACCCCAGACGAGCUUCAGGCUCCUGAAGGGCGUUUGUCAACCUAUGCUGGCAAAAACCAAGAGAAGCGUGCGUCUGGUUACUGGAUGAUUGAUGAUCAGAGUCAUCCAGGCCAGAGUCCCUUUUCGCCCGCUGGUUACAAAGUCUGGCGUAAUGUCAAGGACUUUGGGGCCAAAGGCGACGGAAAGACUGAUGACACCGCAGCUAUCAACAAGGCCAUUUCCGAUGGUGCUCGCUGCGGUGAGCAAUGCAAAACCAGCACCAUUGCUCCAGCCGUCGUUUACUUCCCACCCGGAACAUAUCUCGUUAGCGGCUCCAUCAUCCAGUAUUACAACACCCAGUUCUUGGGCGAUCCAACCAAUGUACCCACGAUUAUGGCGGCCUCCAGCUUUGUAGGCCUCGGCGUGUUCACAUCCAACAAGUACAUUGACGACAAUGUCGGUUGGUACCUCAACACUGCCAAUUUCCUCCGGAGCAUCAAGAACUUCAAAAUCGACAUCCGUCUCACGGAUCCCUAUGCUUACGUUUGUGCCAUUCAUUGGCAAGUUGCACAAGCGAGUUCCUUGGAGAACAUUGAGUUUUACAUGCUUUACAACUCAGAGGUCCCCCACAGCACUCAGCAAGGCAUCUACAUGGAGAACGGCUCGGGCGGCUUCUUGGCUGACCUGACCUUCGUGGGCGGCAACUUUGGCGCCUACUUUGGCAACCAGCAAUUCACGACAAGCCACCUUGUUUUCGUUAACUGCAAGUCCGCCCUGCAGGUCCACUGGGACUGGGCCUGGACAAUGCAAGACUUCGUCAUCGAAGGCUGCGAGAAUGGCUUGGUAGUUACAGGCGGUGCCGGUGGUGAACACAGCACUGGCCAGAGUUUGGGCUCGCUCAUCCUCAUGGAUACCAUCAUUGCCAAUACCCCCAACGGCAUCGUUACGUCCCUGCACGCCGAGAAUUCUACUUCGUUCCUCCUUCAGAACGUUGGUUUUUUCAACGUGAAGACGGCAGUCACCGACUCCCUGCAAAAGAAGACGCUUCUUGCGGGCGGCAAUGAGGUUUACGUCGAAAGUUGGGGUUUCGGUCGUAUGACAGACAAGAAGGGUGCCGGCACGUUCGUCAACGGCGAACAUAUUCCCGCCAUGAAUCGAAGCCAAGAGCUUACUGGCGUUCAGCACGACAAGAUGAAAGCCAACCUCUUUACCCGCCGCAGACCCAAAUACUAUGACGUUCCCGCCAACAAAGUCAUGAACGUUAGAGCAUUGGGUGCAAAGGGCGACGGCAAGACGGACGAUACUGCCGUCCUUAACUCGAUACUCUCGGGUGCUGCCAACACUUCAUCAGUCGUUUACUUCCCCUUUGGCGUCUACAUCGUCAAGGAUACUCUCCGCGUCCCUAUGGGUUCACGUAUCAUCGGUCAGGUGUGGUCCCAGAUCAUGGGUACCGGCGCCAAUUUUGAGGACGAGACACAGCCACGCGCAGUCGUUCAGGUUGGUCGCCCUCAAGACCCACCUGGCAUCAUUGAGAUCCAGGACAUGAUGUUCACUGUGUCCGGCCCUACAGCCGGCGCAGUGCUUCUUGAAUGGAACGCAAAGGAAUCGAGCAAGGGUUCGGUUGGGAUGUGGGAUUCACACUUCCGUGUUGGAGGUGCCAUAGGAUCCAAUCUUCAAAGGGAGAACUGCCCCAAGAACACCGGCCAGGUCAACCCUAAAUGCAAGGCCGCGUCUAUGCUUAUGCACCUGAAGCCCGAGUCAACUGCGUACUUGGAAAACGUAUGGGCCUGGGUUGCAGACCAUGACCUCGAUCGUUCCACCAGAGACCAGAUCGACAUCUAUGUCGCCAGAGGUAUGCUCAUUGAGAGCAAGAAAGCCUGGUUGUGGGCCACGUCCUCGGAGCACUGCGUGUUCUAUCAGUACCAGAUCUCGGGAGCCACCAACAUCGUCAUGGGCAUGAUCCAGACCGAGUCGCCUUAUUACCAGCCGGUACCAAAGGCGCCUCAGCCCUUCCGCACCGGCUUGUUCCCUGAUGAUCCGACCUUCAGCGAAUGCAGUGCCAGCGACGCGCGUUGCUAUUCGUCGUGGGCAUUGCGGAUCAUCGAUUCUUCUGCGGUGUAUAUCCUCGGCGCUGGUCUCUACUCAUGGUUCUUCGAUUACAGCCAGGAGUGUCUCAAGACAAAUGACUGUCAGAAGCGCGCUGUCGAGAUCCAGGAGAGUUCGGACUUGUGGGUGUAUAAUCUUUGCACCAAAGCCAUCUUGGAGAUGGUCACGCCGUACGGCGGAGUGGCUACCUUUGCCAAAGAUAACGUCAACGGAUUCCUGUCAUCUGUCCUAGCUUGGCUCGAGGGAUCCGAGGACACGACCGGACGUCGCGAUUUCGUAGGUUUCCAAGUCCACACCAUCAACGGCCUGCGCAACCAGAAUGUGUCCGAGACAUGCAAGACGGCACUGAGCGCAAAAGUCCUGUGUGACUUUUGGGUGAUGACGUUUGAGGAGCCAGCCUACAGAGGCACACUCGAGAACAAGACAUUGACCGACUCGAUCUGCGACGCAGGCUGCGGUAAGUCGCUGCAGAGCUGGUUUGACAACGUCGACUCGGCUUGCAAGGGGUACACCAUUUCUGGAUCGCUACCCACUCUCCAUGGAGGGCGCAUGUGGGCUGGGUUCAACGAGACGUGCCUUAAAGACCCCAACACUGGGGCGUACUGCAAUGACUUGAUUGCUGAGUUCACCACCGUCAGCUCCAUCGAAGAGAUGCCCAAGGCCGAGAUGUGCUCUGAAUGCUACAUCAACCGCCUUGGGCUUAUGCAGAGUAGUCCGUACUCCAUUUACGACGACUACUACAAGAGCGACCUCGAGCUUGUUUACAAGACUUGCGGGGAGUCAGGCUCUACUGAUAUUCCUCCGUCUGUGAUCCCCGCGCCUGACCCGGAGCCAACCAUAUGCGUAUCUGAUGAGUGGCACACCGUUGGUCAGGGAGGAGAAUCAUGCGAGCAGGUGUCCCGUUCCAAGAAUGUCUCUAGUGUUGCCUUGUACAACAUGAACACACAAAUCUUUAGUUGCAAGAGCAUUCCGGAGGGGACCAAGCUCUGCUUACCACUGUCGUGUGGUACCAUCAUCUCGUACACUGAGAAGGACACCUGCUCUGGUCUUGAGGCCGUGUAUGAGCUAGCGCCGGGCGACAUCCGGAGGUUCAACCCUUGGGUGUAUCAUGAUUGUAGCAACCUGGUUGGUGCCACCGGCUUCUUUGGAAAUCUCUUGUGUGCCGCGCCGCAGAACGGCGAAUACUCUCACGGCGGCCCCGGUGGUGGCGGCGACACAGUGACGCCCCAUCCCGGCACAGGCUACGCGUCGUUCCCAGUGGACCCUCCCAACAACUCUACAGUUGCCCAGGGGACGACGACGAAAUGUGGACGAUGGCACGUGGCCGAGGAAGGCGACAGCUGCGUCUCCAUCUGCCUGUCAUCGGAGAUCAACAUAGCGCUGUUUGUUGCCGUUAACCCAUCACUGGGGACCGAGUACAUCGAUUGCACAAACAAUCUGGCGUUUGGGCGCGCGUAUUGUACUGGGCCAACAUACGACUGGGAGGAUACCGAGGAGUUGUAG